AUGGCCUCUUUGAUCCUGGUGGGGAUAACCUGGAACUACUGGGUCGCGCUCGCCUGUAGAGCUCUUGGUGGAGCCCUGAAUAGGAAUAUUGGAGCAAUUCAAACAAUGGUUAGUGAGCUCAUCGGGCGACCUGAACAUGAACCUCGAGCAUAUGCCAUCAUACCUUUUGUUUGGUCAAUUGGAACGAUUAUCGGUCCAAAUAUGCAACCCGGCAAGGCCCAUAGACAGUUUGACCAGGCAUUUGAGCAGUCGCUCCUGGUUACAUCUGGCGCAGCUGCCAGUGCUGGUGUGAACCUGCGAGCGGAGUCUUACGGGACUUUUAAUCGGGUUCAUCUGCAUAAUGAUAAGAGUUGGAAUGUGCAAGCUGAUGGCUCCUCGUGCACUUAG